GCGCCCGGGGGCUGGGAAAAUGCUGCGGGCAGGUGCUGGCGCUGCUGCGCGGCUUGCUGCGUCUCCCUGCUUGGGGUCCUCCUCCGGGGCUGUUGCAUGCGGGAACCGGGGCUAUUCCUCUGGCCAGGAGAGCCUGAAGCAGACACCCCUCUAUGACUUCCACCGGCACCAUGGCGGGAAGAUGGUGGCCUUUGCAGGCUGGAGCCUCCCGGUGCAGUAUACACACAGCCACCUGGAGUCCCAUCUGCACACGCGCCAGCACUGCUCACUCUUUGAUGUGUCUCACAUGCUUCAGACAAAAGUGUUUGGCAGAGACCGGAUAAAAUUCAUAGAAAGCCUAGUGGUUGGGGACAUUGCAGAGCUGAAGCCUAAUCAGGGCACUCUGUCUCUGUUCACAAACGAAAAAGGCGGCAUCAUAGAUGACUUGAUUGUGACCAGCACCUCUGAGGAGCAUCUCUACGUGGUCUCUAAUGCAGGUUGCAUGGAUAAGGAUUUCGCACUCAUGCAGAAUAAGGCGAAGGAAAUGAAGGUAGAUGGCUGUGAUGUGGGCUUGGAGGUUUCUGACAACGCUUUGCUUGCUCUGCAAGGACCUGCUGUGGCCCGAGUGCUGCAGGCCGGGGUGUCAGACAAUCUGGCUAAGCUGCCCUUCAUGAGCAGUGCAGUGAUGGGUGUGUUUGGCGUGCAAGGCUGCAGGGUGACCCGCUGUGGCUACACAGGCGAGGAUGGCGUGGAGAUCUCUGUCCCUGCAAGCCGAGUGGUGGAGCUGGCUGAGCUGCUGCUUAGGGACCCCACUGUGUGGCUGGCUGGACUCGCUGCCCGGGAUAGUUUGCGCUUGGAAGCGGGGUUGUGCCUUUAUGGGAAUGACAUUGAUGAGAGCACAACUCCGGUGGAAGCCAGCCUGAUAUGGACCCUGGGGAAACGCCGCCGCGUUGCCAUGGAUUUCCCCGGUGCAGCCAUCGUUCUUACUCAAAUCAAAGAGAAACCCAAAAGGAAGCGUGUGGGGCUGACAUCCACGGGGCCUCCCAUCCGGCAGCACACACCCAUUCUCAGCCCAGAGGGCAAGGCCAUUGGUGAGGUUACCAGUGGCUGCCCCUCUCCCUGCCUGCAGAAGAACAUUGCCAUGGGCUACGUGGAGAGUGAACACAGCAAACUGAGCACAGCCCUCACGGUAGAGGUGAGGAAGAAGAACUGCCCAGCUCUAGUGACCAAGAUGCCCUUUGUACCCACCCAUUACUACACAGUGAAAUAAGCUGCAGCCAGUGCAGGCUUCCUGUUUUAUAUCCAGACUGUAUUAAAAGGAAAGGACUCCCGUGACUCCAUUAGGACUCUGCCUGAAUGACAGAUACUGAAGAUAAGUCAGCCCUGGAAAGAAGAAAACUACUGCAGACGGCUUAGAAAGUAUGGAGAAACAGGAGACUGAGCAGACGUGAGGAGCGCUUGCUUUGGUCCCACAUGCAUUGGGUUUAGUACAAACAUCAUAAAGGUACCAGUAACUUGAGGACUCCAGAUCCUCCGCACACUCGCUUCUGCGUCCCACUUUGCAUUUGUCCCAAAUAUUAAAAAGCCCUUAAUUUCUUUCCUACAGCCAUC